AUGAUGGAAAAGAACUUUUGCUAUCGGCAACGAAGGAGAAAAGAAGUCGUCUACGACGAUUGCGUACUCGAGGACUCCUUGUCCCAAGGUGACUGGCACAUCGAGGAGGACCCAAACGUGGACUACGAGAUGCUGCUCAGAGGAUUACGAGCCUGUGCUGAGCGUGCCUCGAAGCCGCGCACGACAAACGUGAAUCGAAUUUCGAAGACCAUCAAGGAAUUGUUGGAAAGAAGAAGGGCUUUGAGGCUUGAUCCUAAUGCAUCGCAUAUUGAGCGCCCAAUCAUCCCCACUGGCGAAGCUCCACCACGGAUUCUCCCUUCGGAAGUACGAGUCGCUAUCAAGAACGUGAAGCCUGGCACAGCCCCCGGACCUGACUUUAUAUCAGCAGACUUUCUUCGGGCUGGUGGCCAUCCGCUUCAUGUAAUCUUAGCAGCGCACAUGACAUCCUACCUUCAGAAAGAAAGGAUCCCAGACCAGUGGAAGACCUCGCGAACCGUUCUUAUCCAUAAGAAAGGUGACCGAGAGGACCUUCGGAACUACCGUCCGAUAUGCUUGCUGAGUGUGUUAUACAAAGUAUUCACCAAGAUCAUCCUCACGCGCAUAUCAAGGACGCUGGAUGAAGCCCAGAACAAGUUGGAUUCCGCCGGGGUUUCAGCCGCUUGGACCACAUCCAGACCGUGUCGAGAGUCAUAG